GAACCACUACUUUCCACACCAUUUCCCUCCUGCUUUCUCAUCUCCUUCUUCUUCUUCUUCCCUUCACCAUGUCAUCAAUGGCGGCGGCUACUUCACCAUGCGCCUCCAAAUCCUUCUCCAAAUCUUCCUCCUUCAACCUUACCAAACCCUUCUCAAGAUUCGAUCUUUCAUUUUCCUCUCUUCCUCACAACCCCACCUUCCGCCGCCCUCUUCGCAUCUGCUCAACCUCUCUCUCCAAUCCUUCUCCUAAACCCUCUUCCACCGCCGCCUCCGCCGCUGCCGUCGAAACUUCCUCCAUCGCCAGUUCUGAUAUUUUCGUCUCCCGAUUCGCUGCUGAUGAACCGAGAAAAGGCGCCGAUAUCCUCGUUGAAGCCCUCGAGCGCCAAGGCGUCACUAAUGUCUUCGCUUACCCCGGCGGCGCGUCAAUGGAGAUCCAUCAGGCCCUCACCCGCUCUUCAAUUAUCCGUAACGUUCUCCCCCGCCACGAGCAGGGUGGGGUAUUUGCUGCCGAGGGUUACGCUCGCUCCUCUGGCCUCCCCGGCGUUUGCAUUGCAACUUCCGGUCCCGGUGCUACUAAUCUGGUCAGCGGCCUUGCAGAUGCUCUUCUCGAUAGCGUUCCAUUGGUGGCCAUUACAGGGCAAGUUCCUAGGAGAAUGAUUGGUACAGAUGCUUUUCAGGAAACUCCAAUUGUUGAGGUAACUCGCUCUAUUACAAAGCACAAUUAUCUGGUUCUUGAUGUAGAUGACAUUCCUAGGAUUGUGAGCGAGGCAUUUUUCCUCGCGAUUUCUGGUCGACCUGGUCCUGUUCUUAUUGAUAUUCCUAAGGACGUUCAGCAACAGCUCGCGGUUCCCAAUUGGAAUCAACCCAUGAAAUUACCCGGUUACUUGUCUAGGUUACCUAAACCUCCCAUUGACUCCCAUUUGGAGCAAAUUUUGCGACUGAUCUCUGAAUCUAAGAAGCCUGUUCUUUAUGUGGGUGGAGGGUGUUUGAAUUCCUCGGAGGAGCUGCGGAGGUUUGUCAAGUUCACCGGGAUUCCGGUGGCCAGUACUCUGAUGGGUCUUGGGGCUUAUCCUUGCGCCGAUGAUUUGUCUCUGCAAAUGCUGGGCAUGCAUGGGACAGUUUAUGCAAACUAUGCUGUAGAUAAAUCUGACCUGUUGCUUGCAUUUGGAGUGAGAUUUGAUGACCGUGUGACAGGGAAGCUUGAGGCUUUUGCGAGCCGUGCAAAAAUCGUUCAUAUCGAUAUCGAUUCAGCUGAGAUUGGGAAAAACAAGCAGCCCCAUGUUUCGGUCUGUGGCGAUGUGAAGUUGGCCCUACAGGGAAUGAAUCGUUUACUUGAGAAAGCUCAGAUGCUUCACUUUGAUUUCUCUGCUUGGAGAGAGGAGCUGAAUGAGCAGAAAUCAAAGUAUCCAUUGACUUUCAAAACAUUUGAUGAGGCCAUUCCUCCACAAUAUGCAAUUCAACUCCUUGAUGAGCUAACCAACGGCGAGGCGAUCAUAAGCACAGGGGUGGGGCAGCAUCAGAUGUGGGCAGCUCAGUUCUACAAGUACAAGAAGCCACGCCAGUGGUUAACCUCCGGUGGAUUAGGUGCAAUGGGUUUUGGACUGCCAGCGGCCAUGGGGGCAGUAGUAGCAAAUCCUGGUGCAGUGGUUGUGGACAUCGACGGGGACGGGAGUUUCAUCAUGAAUGUCCAAGAACUAGCAACAAUCAGCGUCGAGAAACUUCCAGUGAAGAUCCUGCUCCUGAACAACCAGCAUCUGGGCAUGGUUGUGCAGUGGGAGGAUCGGUUCUACAAAGCCAACAGAGCUCACACUUACCUGGGAAAUCCAUCGAACGAAUCUGAGAUAUUCCCCAACAUGUUGAAGUUUGCAGAGGCGUGUGGGAUCCCUGCUGCACGCGUGACAAAGAGGGCCGAGUUAAGAGCAGCAAUGAAGAAGAUGCUGGAGACAGAAGGACCAUACUUGUUGGAUGUGAUUGUACCACAUCAAGAACAUGUGCUGCCUAUGAUUCCUAGUGGUGGUGCUUUCAAAGAUGUGAUCACAGAAGGAGAUGGAAGAUGCGUAUACUAAUAUGAAUAAUAUAAUCCAUUUUCACUUCACCAUUUUAAGUUCUCCCUAUGUACAUUUUUUCCCUUCCAUCUCCUUUAGUUUGUUUUGUUAGUUUCUGGCGCUUUAUCAUAAACAAUGUUGUAAGAGUUCCGUCUCUACUUAAAUUAUGUUUUGUUGUCUCUA